AAUUUGCGCAUGCGCUCCUGUACAUCUUCUCCACGUUGGUUCAGUCUCUCAAUUCAGUUUGGCUUUAGGAAUCUAUAGUCUGUGGGUGAUUUGGCUGUCACCUAAGUCACGAUGGGUAAGACUGCUGAUUCUCUGGGUCCGGGAUCGCGGCCUGACCCGGUGCGGAGCUUCAAUCGCUGGAAAAAAAAACACAGCUAUAGGCAGAACCAAAAGAAGCAGUUGAGGAAACAGCUGAAGAAGCCCGAGUGGCAGGUCGAGCGCGAGGGUAUCAGCCACCUUGUGCAGAACUACGAGAAGAUAAAUGUAAAUGACAUUACAAGAUUUUCAGAUUUCCCCUUAUCUAAAAAAACACUGAAAGGUUUGCAAGAAGCCCAGUACCGGUUGGUAACUGAGAUACAGAAGCAAACAAUUGGGUUGGCUUUGCAAGGUAAAGAUGUACUUGGAGCUGCCAAAACAGGAUCUGGAAAGACAUUGGCUUUUCUUGUUCCAGUGUUGGAAGCUUUGUAUCGUCUGCAGUGGACCUCAAUGGAUGGGCUGGGUGUUCUGAUAAUAUCCCCUACAAGAGAACUGGCUUAUCAGACUUUUGAGGUUCUCCGAAAAGUAGGAAAGAAUCAUGACUUUUCAGCUGGCCUUAUUAUUGGUGGAAAGGAUCUGAAACAUGAAGCUGAGAGGAUCAACAACAUAAAUAUACUUGUUUGCACACCCGGUCGGCUUCUUCAGCACAUGGAUGAAACAAUAUGCUUUCAUGCCACCAAUCUCCAAAUGUUAGUUCUUGAUGAAGCAGACAGAAUCUUGGAUAUGGGCUUUGCUGAUACUAUGAAUGCUAUUAUUGAAAAUCUUCCCCAGAAACGUCAGACUUUACUUUUCUCAGCAACACAAACCAAAUCUGUAAAGGAUCUUGCACGCUUGAGUUUGAAAAACCCUGAGUAUGUUUGGGUUCAUGAAAAAGCAAAAUACAGCACCCCUGCCACUUUGGAGCAGAACUACAUAGUUUGUGAACUGCAGCAAAAAAUAAGUGUGUUAUAUUCCUUUUUGAAAAGCCAUUUGAAGAAGAAGAGUAUUGUGUUUUUCUCCAGUUGCAAAGAGGUUCAGUACCUGUACCGCGUGUUCUGCCGGCUUCGUCCUGGGAUUUCUAUCCUUGCUCUCCAUGGCAGACAGCAGCAGAUGAGAAGAAUGGAAGUGUACAAUGAAUUUGUCCGCAAGACAGCUGCAGUGCUCUUUGCUACUGAUAUUGCAGCCAGAGGACUGGAUUUCCCGGCUGUGAAUUGGGUUCUUCAGUUUGAUUGUCCAGAGGAUGCCAACACAUAUAUUCACAGAGCAGGUAGAACUGCCAGGUACAAAGAGGAUGGUGAAGCUUUAUUAAUUUUACUUCCCUCAGAAGAACAAGGGAUGGUGCAGCAGCUUCUCCAGAGGAAAGUACCUGUGAAGCAAAUCAAAAUCAAUCCAGAAAAACUUAUAGAUGUCCAGAAAAAAUUGGAAUCCUUUUUGGCCCAAGAUCAAGAUUUAAAAGAAAGAGCUCAACGGUGUUUUGUCUCCUACAUACGUUCAGUAUAUCUUAUGAAGGAUAAAGAAGUAUUUGAUGUGAGCAAGUUACCUGUUACUGAAUAUGCCCUGUCUCUUGGUCUUGCUGUGGCACCACGAAUAAGAUUUCUUCAGAAAAUGCAGAAACAGCCCACCAAAGAACUGGUUAGGAGCCAAGCCAACAAAAUAAUUGAGCACAAGACUCCAUCCCUCACCAAUGAUGAAGUGGAAGAAUUUAGAGCCUAUUUCAGCGAAAAAAUGUCCAUCCUACAGAAAAGUGGGAAGGGCCUAGAAGAAACAGAGUAUAGGCUGGCUAGUGGUACUAGUGAUGAAGAACUGGAGGAAGAAGAGGAAGAUGAUGAAGAAAAGGAGGAGAAACUUGGAAAAGCAAGAGAGUCUCAAACUCAGUCUGUUCCUAACAUGGAUGGGGCACAGAAAGUCAAGGAUGUCCCUGUGCAGUUCUUGGACAGAGAUGAUGAGGAAGAAGAUGGACCUGAUGAUGAUUUUCUUAAAGUGAAGCGGCGUGAUGUGUUUGGGUUGGAUCUUAAAGAGAAUAAAGCAUUACCGAAGAAAGAAUCUUCUAAAUCUGGUGUGAAGAAAAAAGUAUCAAAAGUUGCAGAAGCAAAAAAAUUAAUGAAGAGAAAUUUUAAAGUGAAUAAAAAAGUAACAUUUACUGAUGAAGGGGAGUUGGUUCAGCAGUGGCCACAAAUGCAGAAAUCUACUACAAAGGAUACAGAGGAAGAUGAUGACACUGGUGGUAUCAAUUUAGAUAAAGCAAAGGAAAGGCUUCAGGAAGAGGACAAAUAUGACAAAGAGGAAUAUAGGAAGAAAAUUAAGGCAAAGCAUCGGGAAAAAAGACUGAAAGAAAGGGAUGCCAGAAGAGAAGCUAACAAUAAACAAGCCAAGGCCAAAGAUGAAGAGGAGGCCUUUCUGGAUUGGAGUGAUGAUGAUGAUGAUGAUGGAUUUGAUCCAAGCACACUUCCAGAUCCAGACAAACCCAGAAGCUCUGAAGAAUCAGAUGGUGAAGAAAUUGAAGAUAAGAUUAGUGAUACCAAGAAGAAGCAGGGAAUGAAGAAAAGGAACAGCGAAGUAGAAGCCAUGGGACCAACAAGUCACCAUAGAAAGAAGGCCAAGUGGGAAACCUUAGAGCCUUUGGAUACAGGCCUGUCUUUAGCAGAGGAUGAAGAACUGGUGUUACAUCUGCUCAGAAGUCAAAGCUAAAUACUUCCGGCUGCUGUCUGCUCCUUGGUACCUCUGGGUAGUACUUUGUGGGCAAGAA